CCCCAGGUCCCAAGCAUUCUGGAUAAUAGGUCCCAUACCUGUAACUGUCUGGCAACUGCCUGAUUUCUUUGUAUCUUGGUUAGGUUUGUUUCAUUGGACAUUUCAGAAGAUGUCACCUGCUGAUGUUCUAGCGCAUGGGGGUCGGUGCAUGGGGAACAGUGCAUGGGGCAAUGGUGCAUGGGCAGAUGAAAGAGUGAUGAGGAGCCACAGCUAUUAGUGCCCAAAAGGGACCCCCUUACUAAGCCAGACAGUCCUGUCCAUCACUUGUCUAUCCAUUUCCAUGCUGUAGGUCCCAGAGCCAAGAGUUCAAUCCUGUCCACCGCAGGCAAGCAAAGGCAUGUCCCAUCAUGCACAGCAAGAGACCCAACAAUUUGCAUUUACGGAAAAGGCAGCGGCCUGAGCUGACACUUAUAGGAGGGUAUUUAAAUAGAGGGCACUUGGGCCAAGGCCAGGUAUUCGAACCCCUAGGGGAUGAUAAUUCAUGUAUAAGACAGGGCAGGAAGCACAAGACUGAACAUAUGGGAGAAUGCAGAAUAAAAUGCAGAAUAAAAUGCAGAAUAAAAUGCAGAAUAAAAUGCAGAAUAAAAUGCAGAAUAAAAGGGCAGAAAGGGUCUAUAUUGGCUGGUGGGAGCUGUACGUCAGUAAGUGAAGGGCUACCGGCUGGGCAAUAUUAAUAUAGAGAGUUACUUAGCUCCCUUCUGUAACUUUGGGAAUAGAUGUGCCAAUUUAAUCCCUAAGUAAAACGGAUAAGGGGUAUAUUAACCCCAGACAUGACAGUAUAAAUACUACAGAAAAUAAUUAAUCAGAUGUGCUAGCCCAAUUGCUAGAGAAAAUGGAUAAGCAGUAUAUUAAACUGUGCCGGUAUAAUCACUAUUGUAAUGGCCAAUACACACUACACUUCGUCAAUCCAGACUAGCCAGUAAGAUCACUGGAACAAGUCCAAUGAGCACUCCAUUAACUCCAUACAUGCCAGUAAAAUCAGUGGAUAGAAAGCAUUACCUUACAUUUGCACAAGCUCUCACAGCUGCUUGGCGUUUGCCUGCCGUAGGCUGCUGAGAAAUCCAAGAUGGACGUGUGUUCCACGGUGGAACACACAGGUUUCGUGGAGAACAGAAGAGCAGCGGCAGAGGCAGAGAGGCAAUGGCCUGCAAUAAAUUCAGUGGGCCCUGGGCAGAUGCCCCAUUGGCCCUAUGGAUAAAGCAGCCCUGUGUAUCCCCCCAGGGCAACUACAGGAUCUGCUUCCCAUACAGUCCUACAAUAAACCAAACCUGAUACAUCAAUUUCCAGUGAGUAAUUCUACAAUCUCCCUUUCCUUCUUCCGUCUCCGCAGUCUGACCAGCAAAGAGUCUCUCUCGCUCUUCACCUCCCCGGCCCCCAUAAUCAGCAGCACCCACAGCCGACCCCACCUGAAACACUGCGACCUGCUGCCCCUGACCCGGCGCCAGAAACGGCUGUGCCGCAAGGAACCAGGACUGGCCGAGGCGCUGAGAGAAGCCGUGCGACUGGGGGUCGUAGAGUGUCAGUUCCAGCUGCGGAACGAACGUUGGAACUGCAGUCUCCAGGAAAGGGGGACUCUCCUGAAAAGAGGUUUUAAAGAGACAGCAUUCCUGUAUGCCAUUUCAGCUGCCUCCCUCACCCAUUCCCUAGCGAAGGCCUGCAGUGGGGGCAGAAUGGAGCGAUGUACCUGUGACGACUCCCAAGGCCUGGAGAGCCAGCGGGCUUGGCAGUGGGGUGUUUGUGGGGACAACCUCCGACACAGCACUCGAUUCCUGCAGAACUUCCUUCGACAGAGGAAAGGGGGGAAAGACGCACGGGCUAAGAUGGAUGUUCAUAACAGCAACGCAGGCAUUAAAUCUGUAAAGAGUGGAUUAAAGACCACGUGUAAAUGCCACGGGGUGUCCGGCUCCUGCGCUGUCCGCACAUGUUGGAAGCAACUCUCUCCUUUCCAUGAAACAGGAGCGCUGCUGAAAGCCAAGUAUGAAAACGCCAUAAAGAUCCUUGGGGCCUCCAAUGAGGCGGUGGGAGGCCAUGAGACCCCGGGACAGUUAUUCGGUGGGCGUCACACCCGCUCUACUGACUUCUUAUACCUGGAGGAGUCACCCAACUUCUGCAGGUCGAGCCGCUUCUCCCCCGGCACAGCGGGACGGACAUGCUCUCGAGAAACCACGUGCGACAGUCUCUGCUGCGGCCGAGGAUACAACAUCCAAACUCGGUUGGUGACUUUUUCCUGCCACUGCCAAGUGCACUGGUGCUGCCAUGUGGAGUGUCAGAAGUGCGUCCAGCAACAGGAGACGUAUACCUGCAAGCACUGAAAGCAAAGGAUAUAUAUAUAUACGGGGAAGGACAGAUCUUAUGCACUGCCUCAUGCAGGAUUCUGGGAGUUGUAGUUCAGUAACAGCCGAGAAGCCACAAGCUGGUCGUACCCUGUCCAAGCAACCUGUAUGGCAGCAGCUCAGCUUCUCUGACAUUAAUGCUGUAAAACAAAGAGACUAUUUAUCUUACUGGACUUCGCUUCUAUGAGCACUACUGUACAAAGCCUGUUGUUAUUCACGCUCUAUGGAUCAAAUUAGAAUUUUAAUGGUCAAAACUAUCAGAUUCGACUAGGGAGUUAUUCAAAUUCGAAUUUUAAUUUUAA